CCUCCCGCUUGGCGCCUGGGACUGGCAACCGGCGUGCGCAGAAUGCUGCCCACCGGGUGCAGGUGCAGCCUCCUCUCCUGCCUCCGCCGCGACAAGGGCGAGGCGGGCCGAACCGACCCCCGCGUCGCGGACGAGCCCACCGCGUCGUCGCUCGGCAAGGGCAGCGCCGCGGCUCGGCGGUUCGCGUGGGCCGAGAUCGAGUCCGUCACGGCGGGGUUCUCGUCCAGGGUCAUCGGCCAGGGCGGCUUCAGCACCGUGUACCUGGCCUGCCUCUCCUCCUCCCGCCUCGGCGCCGUCAAGGUGCAGCGCAGCAGCGAGCGCCUCCACCGCGCCUUCCGCCAGGAGCGCGACGUGCUCCUCGCGCUCCGACACCCGCACAUCGUCCGCCUGCUCGGAUACUGCGACGAACGAGAGGAAGGCGUGUUGGUGUUCGAGUACGCCCCGAACGGCGACCUCCACGGGAGGCUCCACGGCAGCGGCGGCAAGGCGACGCUGCCGUGGGCGCGCCGCCUGGCGGUCGCGUUCCAGGUGGCCAUGGCACUGGAGUACCUGCACGAGAGCCGCGACCCGGCGGUGGUCCACGGCGACGUCAAGGCCUCCAACGUGCUGCUCGACGCCAGCCUCGACGCCAAGCUCUGCGACUUCGGCUCCGCGCACGUCGGUUUCUCGGCCGCGCUGCAGCCGCCGGAGGCCGCGGCGGCGUCCAGGGCGUCGUCGGCACGCGCACGCCCCGACCCCGUCGUGGGCUCCCCGGGCUACGUCGACCCACUCUUCCUCCGCUCCGGCGUCGCCACCAGGAAGAGCGACGUGUACAGCUUCGGCGUGCUGCUGCUCGAGCUCCUCACGGGGCGGGAGGCCAUAUGCGCCGACACGGGGUGCCGCCUCGCCGCCGCGGUGGGUCCUACGCUCAGCGAAGGAGAAGUGGCCGACGUGGUGGACCGGAGGCUCGGAGACGAGUACGAUGCCCAUGAGGCCGCGACCGUGGCGGCGCUUGCGCUGCGGUGCGUCAGCGAGGGCUCCGGGAUGCGCCCCUCCAUGACGGAGGUGGUUCGCGUGCUCCAGGAGAAGACGACCGCGCUGAUCUCAGCCGCGGGGUGCAGGCCAGCCGGCAAGAUGGAUUCUUGAGCUGUAUUGUUACUUGUUAGACGAAGACUGUAAAUACUAGCUUUGUUUAGAGAGAGUAUAAGGUGAAGAUAAUGGCUCUUUUCUUUUUUACUCAAAGUGGAUUAGUAGUUGUUGAAUUGGAUUACGUUGAAAAAUUGAUGUCAGAGUUCGUUGUAGAUGGUC